AUGGAUGAUGACAAAAUUGCAUUGGUAACUUUUACAGAAGGAGAAGGAUUUGAUAAAAAUCAAAAAUUAAAAAGUGAAUUAUAUCCAUAUUCAGAAAGUGGUAUUUCGUUACUUGAAUUAUGUUGUUAUCAUGGAUCUGUUGAUUGUUUUAAGUUUUUAAGAACGAAAUUUCAAUCAGAAAUCACUCCAAAUUGUCUUAGAUAUUCGUUUUUGGGUGGAAAUCAAGAAAUUAUAAAUGAAUGCUUGAAAGUACAAAAACCAGAUGAUGAAUGCAUGGAAUAUGCAAUUAUUUCACACAAUAUUGAUUUUGUUACAUUUUUGAAGAAUGAACACAACAUCAAAAUUAAUUUAAAAUUGUGCUGUAAACACAACAAUCUUCAAUCAUUUUUAGUUUAUUUGGAUCAAACAAAUAAUAAUAACACAGGUUUUGUUUAUUCUCCGAAUUUCCUUCUUUCAUUACUUUUAGAAUAUCAUAUUUUAAAUGGUGCAGAUGUCAAUGAAAAAGACGAAGAUGAAUGGACCCUUCUUCAUCAUGCAGCCCGUGAUAAUAGCAAAGAAUUUGCAGAAAUUCUUAUUUCAAAUGGUGCAGAUAUCAAUGCUAAAACUGAAGAUGGAUUUACCCCUCUUCAUUAUGCAGCCAGAGAAAAUAGGAAAGAAAUUGCAGAAAUUCUUAUUUCAAAUGGUGCAGAUAUCAAUGAUAAAGACAAAGAUGGAUGGACACCUCUUCAUUGUGCAGCCAAAUAUAAUAGCAAAGAAAUUGCAGAAAUUCUUAUUUCAAAUGAUGCAGAUAUCAAUGCUAAAGACUAUCAUGGAUGGACUUCUCUUCAUUGUGCAGCCAGAUAUAAUAGCAAAGAAACUGCAGAAAUUCUUAUUUCAAAUGAUGCAGAUAUCAAUGCUAAAGACUAUCAAUUAUGGACCUCUUUUCAUUAUGCAGCCAUGCAUAAUUGUAAAAAACUGCAGAAAUUCUCAUUUCGAAUGGCGCAGAUAUCAAUGCUAAAGACAAAGAUGGAUGGACCCUUCUUCAUCUAG